CACUCAGAGUCAUAUCAGGCAAGAAUCUUCGCAUAGGCUUUACUCCUGCUCGAAAAAAACCCGCAGUGUUCUUGCAACUCUUUGACACUUCCUCACACCAGCAGUUAUACGCGUUAGUUUUAUCGCAGUGGACAAUGGCUGACUCGCCAGCUAAUCAGAUCAAUUCAUCUUCCAUGGUGGAUUUGAAGGCGGUUUUGUUCAGCACAGCCAGUGCUGUCAAGCGUGCCAAAGCCACUGGUAUCGCACCAGCAAAGGAGGACCUACGUAGCAAGAAGAAGGCCAUUUGGGCCAAACGCAAUAGUGGCAUUGACAAAAGAAAUGCCAAGGACGUAGCCGAGACAGCCGUCGUCUCCAUGGAGGAAGAGGAUAUGCUGGCAAAGUCAAAGGCCAUCCUGCAUCAGAAAGCCGCUCUCUACGAGAAGUUGUCCAAGGUCGGACAUCAAGAUGACACGGAAGAAGGGUUCCUUGUUGACUUUGAGAAGAAGUCCUAUGAUAAUGAGGCACCCGCAACUGUUGGCGAGACAUCGAAAGGAGCCGGCAAAGUAGCUGGUGAUGGCAAUGACUGGGUUGACUAUGUUGACUCACUGGGUAGGAGCAGGCGCUGCCUUCGCAAGGACCUUCCUGACUUAAAAGCAAUGGAUGCUGAUCUCUCAGGCAGACCGGAGGGAGCAACUACUGCUGCAGCAGAUGAGCCGGAUGCCAAGAAAGCAGCCAGCUCUGCUCUCCUUCCAUGGCUGAAGGAGGACGCAACGCUGAUGUCCGAGGACAUGUACAAGGAGCUACGGCGUCAGAAGUGGGAAGAGCAGGAGAGGGAACUGGCCGAACGCACCGGACCUGUACACUUCGAGGACAUCCGCUUCAAUGAGGCACGUGAGAUGGGUGUCGGUUACUAUCAGUUCUCUACGGAUGAAACAGAGCGCCAAGAGCAGAUGGAACAGCUGCAGACAUUACGCAACCAGACUCUGGAGCAGAGGAAGAGACAUCACCAGCUGAAAGAUCGUCGCCGACUUGCCAUGGAAGCUCGGCUACAGAAAGUGAAGGCAAGACGGGCAAAACGACUUGGAGUGGAGCUAACCGAAGAAGGAGAGCUCGACGCUGAAGCCGAGCUGAAGCAGGAGAUUGCAGAGCGCAAGAGUGCAGAAAUAGAUGACGCAGAGCUUGCUGCUAGGACCGCCGACGAGAUUGCCGAGUCUCGGCGCCUGGAAGAGCAACGCCGAGAAGCAGCCACACUGGAAUGGGAGAGAGGAUUGAAAGACCGUUCCACUACCAAGCCUGCAGGCGCAGAGGACGACGAACGAGACGAGGAGUUUGCACCGCCUUCCGCUUACGCACCGCCGCGCUCGCGUCCGAAGAGCGCCACCAUCGCCAGUCAUUCCAGCAGAUCGCUUGCCGAUCUUUCCGUCAAGGCCAAGAAGUCUGCACGGACUUUCAGUGAUGUUUUGAAGCAGCUAGCCGAGGAGAACAAGGCCCAGCCAGUGCCAUCUGUGAAGAAGAACGCUGAUAGUGGCAAGGAACCGUGUGGACCGUCAGAAACUGAACAAGCACCGACAUCACAAGCUUGUGCUCAUGGAAGUCCGCCUAGUGCAGAGACAGCCGCCAGUCACACGGUUGCCCAGAAUGAAGGUGAUACUGCACAGUCCGGUGCCCGCAGUGGUUCCCGAGCUACUCCUGCGGCUUCUGUGCCAGAGAGAGAUUGCCAAACAACAAGGCAUAGCGUUCCACCGCAGCAUAGUCAACAACCAUCACCUUCAAUGCCGUAUCCUUCAUCAGGAACUUGGCAACCUCCCACGGCAAGCCCACACUACUAUCCCCAGCCAGGCGCAGGUAACAGCGCACAGUUUCAAAAUUCUCAAGGACCGUCCGCACACGCACAAAUGCCACCCGCCAGCAGUGCUCACAUGCAGAAUGGAUCCAUGCUUACUCCCGGUAUACCAGCAAUGCCAGCUCACCAGCCAGCACCAAUGCUGCAGCAAUCUCCUGCUGCCAACUCACAUCUCCAUCCACAGAGCUCCAACUGUCCACCUGCUUUGAACUCGUAUCCCUAUGCAGGUCCCACCCAGCACGCACAGCAAACCACUGGGCCACAUGCACAGUGGCAGCCAGCACAAUCUGCACGGCCAGACACCAUGACACAGCCACCACAGAAUUGGCCAGGAGCACAGCAGCCAGCACCACCACAGAAUUGGCCAGGACCACCACAACCAGCGCCACCACAGAAUUGGCCAGGACCACCACAACCAGCGCCACCGCAGAAUUGGCCAGGAGCACAGCAACCAGCACAUGCACAGAAUUGGCCGGGACUACAGCAGCCAGGACCACCACAGAAUUGGCCAGGGCCACCACAACCAGCGCCACCACAGAAUUGGCCAGGGCCCCAACAAGCAAUGCCCCAACAUCAUGGUCCAGUACCAUGGUCACAUGCUCAACCUCCACUGGACGCUGCUGCUGCUACGAGUGAUAGUGAUCGUGAGCAGCAUGUUCAGAAUGCCGUUGACCAAUUUCUGGCUGAGUGCAGAUAGCAUUGGCAGCGAGGAGGAGACUGAGGUCAGUGUGAGUGUUGCUCCUGUUGUACUGCUUGUCAUCGUCCUCAACUCUUUCAGCUGCACACAAUGUCGUCAAGUACGCUGUGUUUUGUAGCACUCAACGUGACAUGCUACUUGUCAUGGUAGUAGUGCCUUGUACUAAGUUGUAGCAGGUUGACAGUGUUCUUGUCACGUGCAUGCACAUUCUGCUGCUGCUGCUGCUGCUGCUGCUGCUGCUGCUGUUGCAUGUACGUACAUAGUGCCCGUUGCGCUGGCCCUGUGGUCCAGGGUCUGUGACUCUGUGCAUGCUUAGCGCUGUUGCUUGCUGAUAACGUUACAUUUGCUUGAAAUGAGUUAUUGAGUUUAUCCUACUAUACUCCUAUUAUGGGGAAAUUCAGAUUUUUACUUUAGCCUCUCUGAACAGUUUUAAAAUUGCUUUCAAGGAAUAUUUUUAAUAUCACUUUCCACAUGCCUCUGCCAGUGACGGGUCUCUAGGCACACCCAUUUGAUCCUAGCCUUUUUUACGGUAGUAACUUGUUGAGUCUUGCCUGCUCCUGCUGUCGUCACGCUGACCUGGUCUGUCAUGUUCUACCAGAUAGAAUUCAUGUGCAUAUCAGCCAUAGACACGGCAAGCGGACAUGGCAGUUAGUAUUAUCAAGAGUACCUAACUGGUCAUGUACUCCACCACAACAGAUCAACAAAUAACUCGAA